CGAGGCAUCCUGGGAUGAGGUUUAUACAGACUGUUCCUUCUCUGCUGAGGAGUGUCAGAGUGGAGUGUGGAAGCAUCCCAGCUCCAGUGCGGGAGAAACCACCCUACCAACCAGACCACCUCUAACAACCGACAUACAGACAGGCAGGAGACACAGGUGUGUCCAUCAGAGGAAGAUUAUGAUGAUGAUGCAGUCAGGCAUGGAUGACGUGACUAGGCAGAGGAUGCUGCAGGCUAAGGCUCUGUCUAAAGAGGCCAGGGGAGGUCUGAACCUGGGGAAGAAGAUCAGCGUUCCAAAGGAUGUGAUGAUGGAGGAACUCAACCUUCCAUCUAAUCGAGGUUCUCGUAUGUUUCAAGAGAGACAGAAGAGAGUCGAGAGGUUCACACUGGAGAACAUUGCCAAUGGUGCCUACAACAACAACAAUGUCCAUAUGGAGGCCGCUCCUCCCCUGCAGAUCCCCGCAGAGCCACAGGGAGGAAAAGAGAACCAUGCUUUCUCCAUCCCUGGUAAGCAUAGCCUGCUCAUGAACCUUCAGAAGACUGUAGCAAAGAAGGGCAGUCCUGACGUCCUCGCUCCAGGAUAUUCUGGCCCUCUGAAGAACAUUCCUCAUGAGAAGUUCAACACAACAGUAAUCCCCAAAUCCUACAGCUCCCCAUGGACGGAAGCUUUGGGAGGCAACGAAGAGCUCCUGAACGCCCUCAAUACCCAGCUGCCCCAGCUCCCACAAAGACUACAGCCUGCCAACUACAGGUGUUUCAAUAGAUCUGCCAUGCCAUUCGGAGGAGCUAUGGCCAGCAAGAGGGUGAUCCCAGUGAUUAGCUUUGAAGCAGUGGAAUCCCAGAAGCUGGCCAGUGUUGCUCAGAAGCGCAUGUGUCAACGGCCAAACUUCAACAGAGCACCCAAGGGAUGGGGAAUGGAUUACUGCCCUGAAUCUAAUGAACUAUGAAAAAAGGGCUGAUCAGCUAAAGACUGAAGCACUGACCUAUGCUUGCUCCUCUCCUCCUACAAAAGAUGAUCCCUCUGUUAAUCAGUGGGCACUGCAGGGGAGAGAAAACACUCCUGCAUGAUAUAUAAAGUGGUUUGCUACUGCUGAGUGGUUUGACUAGCAGCUCUCAAUGUUGCAAUUAUUUCAUUACCACAGUAGAGUCCCUGACAAUGCUGCCACAGGCUCAACGCCUCUACCUAGCCUUUUAUUUUUGUUACAUUACUUAGCUGUACCUGAUCCCAUCAAUGUCUAAUUACUGGACUACCCUCUUUCACGUGGGUUUACAUCUUUGUCCCCACUUUGUCUGCUACUCAUUUUGCAGGUGUAGAUAACUCUGCUUUGACAACAGUUAAAAGUACUAAUAAAUAAUGUGCACUCUGA